CGGACCCGUCUGGAGCGCCCGUGGAGAGUCCAAGAAGCCCCCAAGAAGGCCCAGAGGCUCCAAUCCGUAGCCAUUUUGGCUCAAGCCGUUCGGAAAUUAGUCACGGAAACAGAUCACGACUUCUAGGUUUUGUGAGUAGACUGGUCAUUCAGAGGCCGCCCUUGUGCAGCAAGCAUCAUGGAUCAGCAAAAUCCGAACUUCAUGCCGCAGACAAUGGAUGGUGAUGGUAAGACGGUCGGUGCGCGGGUGCCCCCAUCUUUCUGCGCGAAGUGUUGGUUGCCGCCGUGUGCCAUCUCGGGGUAUGAGACCGGCGAUCCCACCGCGGGCAUGUGCUCUGGCAUGGCCCUGUGGGCUUUCAUCCUCGAAAUUCUCUGCUGCAUGGGCUGCGUCGUGUCCCUGUGUUGUUGGUCGCCAGAUCCACAGAACAUCACAGGGGACGGCUCGCAGCGCACCGUGGAGGACAAGUGCAUGGCUGGCUUUUGCGUCGGCUUCAUGGCCAUUGCCUUCUGGGAGAACGGUGACUUCUGCUGCGGGCCAGACGGUUCGUGCACCUGGUGCACCGAGGAGACCAUGAAGGGCUGCUUGGCUCACUGGGUCCCUGGAUUCGUCGGCCUCCCGCCCCUGGAUUGCUGCUACGUCAUGUGCAUGUGGGACCCCGAGCAGUCGCGCAGGUCCUUCCGCCGCGACCUGAGCAACCACGGGGGCGGGCAGCCUGCCCCCGUGGACGCCCCGGUGCAGACCGCUGCAGGGAACCUCCCGUACUUCCAGGUGGCCCCGCCGCCCCAGGUCCCGCAGGUCAUGGGCCAGGAGUACGGCUCGAGCAAGGAGGCAGACGGCACGGCCUGACCUCCAGGCAGCCGGGCGGCUCACGCUGCACCCCCUGUGGCCACGCUGCUCGAGGCUGCUCUCGCUGCCAGAGAGGGCCGAGCGGGGGCGGGGGCAUGUGGGGAAGGGGGAGCAGCGGUGGAGGAAACACUAUGCACUUCCUUGCCAUCGCGCCAUCGCCGUAGUCUAAUCUGGCCUGGUAAGGCUCCAGGAUAGGAAUAAGUCGCUGUAAUUAUGCAGCGGUAUCCCCCAAGUCCCCAGGGGGGGGUGCAACGCGUAACUGAGAAAUGAGCACGAUUAUACAUGAACGGCGUGUCAAUUUCUCGCUGCAGCAGCAGCAGCACACCGUCUACCCCUCAGUGCUGCACGAGCCCUGUGGCACUCCACUUCGUGCCAGAGGCACGGUGGUGGAUAUGGUUCGCACCUGUCCUGGCCCGCGACCUACCUGCGAUCGGGUACACGACCAGGCCACCAGGCGGUUUCCAGGGAUCCAGCUUCUCCGCCCCCCUCCUCCUCGCCUA